AUGAAGAGUUGGGGUGUGGUUUUCUUUGUUCUUCUGCUUAUCCAAAAUCAGGGAAUUUUGAAACCAGUAGAAGCAGAAGAUGGGUUUGUAAAAACCAGAGGACUUCAACUUGUCUUGAAUGGAAUCCCUUACUAUGCGAAUGGGUUCAAUGCCUACUGGUUGAUGUACGUGGCCACUGACCCAUCCCAGAGAGACAAAAUUUCAUCUGCCUUUCAAGAGGCUACACAACAUGGCCUCUCCAUAGCAAGAACUUGGGCUUUCAGCGAUGGCGGUUACAGGCCUUUACAGUCUUCUCCCGGCUCCUACAAUGAGCAAACUUUCCAGGGUUUGGAUUUUGCGAUAUCUGAGGCGAAGAAGCAUGGGAUUAAGCUGAUAUUGAGUUUGGUGAAUAACUAUGAGAACUUUGGAGGCAGAAAACAGUAUGUGGACUGGGCUAGAAGCCAAGGGCAGUCUAUAAAAUCAGAGGACGAUUUCUAUACCAAUUCUGUAGUGAAGGAUUUUUACAGAAAUCAUAUCAAGACUGUACUUACGAGGACAAACAGUCUGACUGGAGUUGCUUACAAAGAUGAACCCACCAUAAUGGCUUGGGAGCUGAUGAAUGAGCCAAGAUGCACUUCAGACCCAUCAGGAAAAACCAUUCAGGCUUGGAUAACCGAGAUGGCAUCUUACUUGAAAUCUAUAGAUGGAAAUCACUUGCUAGAAGUUGGUCUUGAAGGGUUUUAUGGAGCAUCAAAGCAGCAAACUAAUCCAAAAUACUUUCAAGUGGGAACAGAUUUUAUUGCAAAUAAUCAGAUCCCCGGCAUUGACUUUGCUACUGUUCACUCAUAUCCUGACCAAUGGUUAUCUGGGUCAAGUUAUGAAGACCAAGUCUCCUUCUUGAACAAUUGGGUGAAUGAUCAUAUCCAAGAUGCACAAAACGUACUCAAGAAGCCAAUUCUCUUUGCUGAGUUUGGAAGGUCUUUGAAAGAGUCAGGUUACACCACAAACCAACGGGACCAAAUUUUCACCACGGUCUACUCGGCCAUCUACUCGUCGGCUAGGGGUGGAGGUGCAGCUGUUGGUGGCUUAUUCUGGCAACUUCUGGCUGAAGGAAUGGAUUCUUUCCAAGACGGGUACGGCAUUGUGUUGAGUGAGAGCUCCUCAACAGUUGGUUUGAUUUCUGAGGAGUCUCAGAGGCUUAUUAAGAUUCGGAAGAUGUAUGCCAGGCUGAGAAACAUUGAGAAGUGGAAGCGAGCAAGGGAGAUUAGAAGGGCUCAAUGGUGGUCUGGAAACAAGGUCAAUGAUACAGGAAACUGA